AUGCGGGUUUGUGCUCGUGGUUUCAUAUUGUUCGUUAUCGGGGUCCUGUUUUAUUAUAUUUUCGGAGUCAUACAGGGAUUUCGAAGUGGAAUUUUCAAUGAUAAGUUCAGUCAGUGUUUGUUGAGCUCCAACUCCUGUAUUCCUUUAUGCUGUGGUCUUCUUUCAGUUGCUUGUGGUCUAACAUCGCCUCGUCUCUACCGUAACCUAAAGCUUUCAAAUCCUUAUGAGCCAGAGUGGUCUUCGAUCAUGCGCUGCAUAAUAUUUUUUAUGGGCAUAAGUCAUGCGUCUGCCAAACUUGAUAUCAUGUCUCUCUCACAGCUGCUUCUGACAAGUUUCUGUUUUGCUAUGGGUAUAUGGUGGAUUUUUGAUCGUUCUGUCAGUGGCAUUCUUACUGGAUUCUUGAUGUCGCUGCUGGGCACCGGCAUUUGUCUUGUGCUUGGGGACCAAACCAUUAGAUCCAUUGAUCCACUUCUCACAUCGUGGCUACCGUGCAUUUUCUUCUCUGGAGGGAUUACUGCCUCACUUGUCGGUCGUCAACUUGCCAAAUCGGACGCGUUCGACUCCUUCAAGCUCAAGGCUGAAUGA